UUCCUCAUCUCCUUGGAUAUUUCCUUGCAGGAACUAAGGCAGCCAAAAUCUGGGGCCAGUGGAACAGUCGUAACUGAGUUCAUCCUGCUGGGCUUGGUGGAGACACCAGGGCUGCGACCAGCUGUCUUUGUACUCUUCUUCUUUGCCUACCUGCUCACAGUCGGGGGCAACCUCAGCAUCCUGGCGGCCAUCCUGGUGGAGCCCAAACUCCACACCCCCAUGUACUUCUUCCUGGGGAACCUGUCGGUGCUGGACAUUGGGUGCAUCACUGUCACUGUCCCCUCAAUGUUGAGUCGUCUCUUGUCCCACAAGCACACAGUUCCCUACGCAGCCUGCCUCACACAGCUUUUCUUCUUCCAUCUCCUGGUUGGUGUAGACUGCUUCCUGUUGACAGCCAUGGCCUAUGACCGAUUCUUGGCCAUCUGCCGACCCCUCACUUACAGCAGCCGCAUGAGCCAGAUGGUCCAGAGGAUGUUGGUGGCUGUGUCCUGGGCUUGUGCCUUCACCAAUGCACUGACCCACACUGUUGCCAUAUCCCUCAACUUCUGUGGCCCCAGUGUGAUCAAUCACUUCUACUGUGACCUCCCACAGCUCUUCCAGCUCUCCUGCUCCAGCACCCAGCUCAAUGAGCUGCUGCUCUUUGGUGUGGGUUUUAUUAUGGCAGGUACCCCCAUGGCUCUCAUUGUCACCUCCUACAUCCAUGUAGCAGCUGCUGUUCUACGAAUUCGCUCAGCAGAGGGAAGGAAGAAAGCCUUCUCCACGUGUGGCUCCCAUCUCACUGUGGUUGCCAUCUUCUAUGGGACUGGUAUCUUUAACUACAUGCGACUAGGCUCAGCCAAGCUUUCAGACAAGGAUAAAGCUGUUGGAAUUUUUAACACUGUCCUCAACCCUAUGCUGAAUCCAAUCAUUUACAGCCUCCGGAACCCUGAUGUCCAGGGCGCCCUCUGGCGGGUACUCAGGGGGAGGAGGUCAGUGGCUGGAUGAGGUCAUGUGUCCAUUCCUCUCUUUCUAGACCCAAGGAGAAAUCCUCUGAGGCCAGUAACUAGGACAAAUGAUCCAGAACUACUUCUGAGUCUCUGAGCAUUUGGAAUUUUUGGUAGAUCAUUCUUAUUUCCCAGAGAAGCCCUGCCCAGUGAUAGAAAAUGGGUGUGUAGGCGCUGCCAGGUCAACCUUGACAAACUAUGACUUCAGUCACUGUGUGCCCCUUUUCUGAGAAGUGAAACCUGGGAAGCUUUGAAUGCUUACACAUGCAUAUCUCACAGAGAAUGACUCUGGUUGUUUCCAGCCAGGGUUCCCAAAAGUAUCCCAGCAGCCUUCCUAGGGGGUCAUGUGAUUAUCUCAAGUUCGGGUAGCUGGUCUGUUUAUAAAACAUAGACCUAAAUAUCAAGAUUAUUUUAUCUUUCCCAUAAGGCUUCUACAAGCACCACUGCCCCCCCCCCCGCCCCAAAACAGCCCAUUCCUCUCAUAUCACACAAGAUACCAUAGGAUGUAGAGGGGACAGAUGGGAAGCUGUAUGGUCAUGUAUCUUCUAGUAACUCUGGGGAGCAUGAUCCCUCCGUGCAAAAUUUUAGAACUCCAUUAACAUAAAUGAUGAAUCUUAUAAUACAAAACCGAAACUUCCUCAGCUAUCCUUAUGUGUUUCAAAUUCUUUGAAAAGAUAAACAUUUAUAACCUUACUAUUUAAACAUUUAAAAAAUAUAUCCAGAAUACCCAAUAUGAAAUUCCUCUCUAAAUUCUCACUCUCAGUACCCAAACUUUCUAGGUAAGAAAAUCCACAUCUGUAAAUACAAAUUACAUGGUGAUAUAUGCCUACCAGCCUUUAGUCAUUAUUUAGCUAUAUUUUCCUUCUAGAUUCCCUUUAGAUGCGCAGCCCUGGCAUCUCUACUGUGCCCUUGAUGUUUCCCAACUAAUUUCCCUAGAACUUCCCUUUGAUCUGCACCUGAAGGCUUGGCUUCUCCAUGAUAAUUUAUGAGGAUCAAGGGAUUGAAAGGAUGGGGUGAGAUGGAGAAGAAGAGAAAGGACAUGAGGGAAGGAAGCAAAACAAGAUUGCAGGUAGAAGGUUUGGGAAAAUGAGGAUGACAGAGGGGGAACAAGGAGAGAUGGGAUAGAACUGCAAGCAAACGGGAUUUAGAGCGAUAAGCGUGGAAGAUGAGGAAAAAAAUGGAGAAAUUGGAUAAGAUGCCUUGAGACUGUUGAAAGAUCAGAGGAAGGAAAUGAUGUAAUAAAAUCAGUGGGUUAAGCA